AUGGCGAUGCUCCUGCAGCCCGGGAUGCAGAGCCUGCGGAUGGGAGCCAACGGUGAGCGCUGCCCGACGCCCACCCCCCCUGGCACACCCGGCACCCCCCACGAGAGCUGCAGCAUCGCCCCCCUGACGCCCUCCCAGUCACCCAGGAGCGAGACCCGUUCCCAGCAGGGUCCUUCCUUCGCCGUGGUCGUGGCCAUCGACUUCGGCACCACGUCCAGCGGCUACGCCUUCAGCUUCACCAGCGACCCCGAGGCCAUCCACAUGAUGAGGAAAUGGGAAGGGGGGGACCCGGGGGUGGCCAACCAGAAGACCCCCACCAGCCUGCUGCUGACCCCGGAGGGCACGUUCCACAGCUUCGGCUACACCGCCCGCGACACCUACCACGACCUGGACCCCGAGGAGGCCCGCGAGUGGCUCUACUUCGAGAAGUUCAAGAUGAAGAUCCACAGCACCAGCGAUCUGACCAUGAAAACCGAACUGGAGGCCGUCAAUGGGAAGAAGAUGCCGGCGCUGGAGGUGUUCGCCCACGCCCUGCGCUUCUUCAAGCAGCACGCGGUGCAGGAGCUGCAGGAGCAGUGCCCGGCGCUGCCCGAGCGCGGUGCCAUCCGCUGGGUGCUCACCGUGCCCGCCAUCUGGAAGCAGCCGGCCAAGCAGUUCAUGCGGGAGGCGGCCUACGAGGUGGGAGGCGCCCCCCAUCCCGCGUCCUCAGGGGGUCCCUACGGGGCCGUGGGGGUGGACCUGGCGUUCGAGAAGCUGCUGUGCCAGAUUUUCGGGGAGGAUUUCAUCGGCACGUUCAAGGCGCGGCGCCCCGCCGCCUGGGUGGACCUGACCAUCGCCUUCGAGGCGCGGAAACGCGCGGCCGCCCCGUCCCGCUGCAGCCCCCUCAACAUCUCCCUGCCCUUCUCCUUCAUCGACUUCUACCGCAAACACCGCGGCCACAACGUGGAGACCGCGCUCCGCAAGAGCAAUGUGAACUUUGUGAAGUGGUCGUCGCAGGGGAUGCUCCGGAUGUCUCCGGAGGCCAUGAACGAGCUCUUCCAGCCCACCAUCACCCACAUCAUCCAGCACAUCGACUCUCUGCUGAAGAAGCCGGAGGUGGAGGGCGUCAAGUUCCUGUUCCUGGUCGGGGGCUUCGCGGAGUCUCCGGUGCUGCAGCGGGCGGUGCAGGCGGCCUUCGGCGCCCGCUGCCGCGUCAUCGUCCCGCAGGACGUGGGGCUCACCAUCCUCAAGGGCGCCGUGCUCUUCGGCCUCGACCCCGGCGUGGUGCGGGUGCGGCGCUCGCCCCUCACCUACGGCGUGGGCGUCCUCAACAAGUUCGUGGAGGGGAAGCACCCGCGGGAGAAGCUGCUGGUCAAGGAGGGCCGCAACUGGUGCACGGACGUCUUCGAGAAGUUCGUGUCCGUGGACCAGUCGGUGGCGCUGGGGGAGGUGGUUCAGCGCAGCUACUGCCCCGCGCGGCCCGGCCAGCGCCGCACCCUCAUCAACAUCUACUGCAGCGCCCGCGACGACGUGCGCUACAUCACCGACCCCGGCGUGCGCCACUGCGGCACCAUCAGCCUCCAGCUCGACGGGGACGGGGGGGACGGGGGGGACGCCGGCCCGGCGCGGGGCCGCAGGGAGAUCCGGGCCAGCAUGCAGUUCGGGGACACCGAGAUCAAGGUCACCGCCGUGGACACCCGCACGGCACGGACGGUGCGGGCCACCAUCGACUUCCUGUCCAACUGAGAGCCCUGGGACUGCCACCAUCGACUUCCUGUCCAACUGAGAGCCCUGGGACUGCCACCAUUGACCAGGACCUGCCACCAUCGACUGCCUGUCCAACUGAGAGCCCUGGGACUGCCACCAUCCACCAGGACCUGCACCAUCGACCUCCUGUCCAACUGAGCCCCCACCAUCAACCUCCUGUCCAACUGAGACACCCUGGGACUGCCACCAUCCACCAGGACCUGCCACCGUCGACCUCCUGUCCAGCUGAGAGCCCUGGGACUGCCACCAUCCACCAGGACCUGCCACCAUCCACCAGGACCUGCCACCA